AUGUCUCAACAUUUCAAUGAUGAAUCAGAUAAUGAUCAAGAUCAAGAAUCAUUUUUAGAAUUUGAAAGAUUAGAAUCUACUUUACCACCAGCUUUAAAAAGAUCAGCUUCAUCAUUAUUAGAAGCAAUUCAUUCAAAUAGUUGUACACCAUCUCCUCAAAACAAUGUUCAACAUGAUAGAUCUAUUGUUUCACCACAACCUCAACAUCCUAGAGAUGCAGCAAAUCAACCACAUCAUUCUUCUUAUCAAACUAUCCCAGGUAGAACUCAUAAUGCAACUCCAAAUUUAAAGAAUUUGAAUCAUAGACAAAUUCUUAUAAAUAAAUUAUCGAAAUCUGAAAAUGGUAGAGAAGCUUCACCUAUCCCUUUACCAAAACCUAAAUUUAAUGAAAGUAUAUAUAAACCAGCUAUGAACUCGAAGAAUUCAUCAACUGGUGUAUUAUGGGCAACUGAAAGAGCAAUUGAAUAUGGAUAUGAUUCAGAACAUGUUAGAGAUUGGGCUAAUUUAGGUCAAGGUGCUCCAGAACAUGGUGAUACAAUUCCAGGAUCAUUUCCAAGACCUAAAACUAUUAAUGUACCAGAAAGUUCUAGAGAAUAUGCUCCAACUGCUGGUAUAAAAGAAUUAAGAGAAGCAGUUGCAAAUCUUUAUAAUGAAACUUAUAGACACCACAAGUCGAGUAAAUAUACAUAUAAAAAUGUAUGUAUUGUACCAGGUGGAAGAGCAGGUUUGACAAGAAUAGCUUCAAUUAUAAGUGAUUGUUAUUUAUCAUUUUUUUUACCUGAUUAUACUGCAUAUGCAGAAAUGUUAUCAUUAUUUAAAAACUUUUCACCAAUCCCAGUUCCAUUAAAAGAAGCAGAUAAUUAUGAAAUCCACCUCAAAAUGAUCAAAGAAGAAUUAACAAGAGGUGUUAGUGCUUUAUUAACUUCAAAUCCAAGAAAUCCCACAGGUCGUUGUAUGAAACCUGAACAAUUAAAACAAUUACAAGAUAUGUGUCGUGAAAAAUGUCUUUUAAUUAUGGAUGAAUUUUAUUCUCAUUACUAUUAUGAGGAUGGAUGUACUGGUUCUUCUAUAAGUUCUGCAGAAUUUGUUGAAGAUGUUAAUCGUGAUCCAGUUUUAAUUUUAAAUGGGCUAACAAAAGCUUUUAGAUUACCUGGUUGGAGAGUGUGUUGGGUUUUAGGACCAGAAGAAUAUAUAAGUGCAUUAUCAUCAGUUGGUUCCUUUUUAGAUGGUGGAUCAAAUGCUCCUUUACAGUAUGUUGCAAUUGAUUUUUUACAACCUUGGAAAGUUAGACAAGAAAUGAGAGCUUUACAAUUGCAUUUUAAAAUGAAAAGAGAUUACAUUAUAGGUAGAUUAUCUAAAAUGGGGUUUAAAUUCACUGAAAAAACAAUCCCCAACUCCACAUUUUAUCUUUGGUUAAACUUAUCUCAUCUACCAGGAAAAUUGAGUAAUUGUUUAGGUUUUUUCCAUGAAUGUUUACAUGAAAAAGUUAUUGUUGUACCUGGGUUUUUCUUCUUAAUAAAUCCUCAAAAUUUAAGUCAUUUAGAAGAAGUUAUUUGGUAUAAUUAUGUUAGAAUAAGUUAUGGUCCUGAAAUGCAUCAUUUGGUAAAUGGUAUGGAUGGAAUAGAGAGAAUUUUAAGUAGAUUUAACUGUUUACCUUAUGAGUUGAAAUAG